GGAUUGUAGUUCGUUCCACCGUUGAGUGACGCACCCGGAAGUAACGUGGUAAAGAAGAGAGGUCACUUUGCUUCUGUUUUGUAAUGUUUUGAUUCAGCAACACUGCUGAUAAUUAUGGAAGCAACCAAAGCAGAGGAGCCUUUCCUGAGGCAUGUGGAGACGGAUGUACUCAUCCCCAAGAUGAUGAGGGAGAAAGCCAAGGAGCUCUGUGCUGAAAAGGUUACAGCGUUCAACCACUGUUGUAAAGAGACUGGUUUCCUGAUGGUGUUCAAGUGUCGGGAUCAGAACGCUGCCCUGAAGGAGUGUCUGACCGUACACUACAGAGACUCGGCGUUCUUCGAGGAGUGCAAGCAGGAGUACAUCAAGGAGAAGCUGGAGUACCAGAGGACAGGGGUGGCGGCUAAGAACCGCUCACAAAAACUACCAACCAGCAUGUAGGUUCCAAAUUGACCCCUGACCCCCUGAACAUGUUGCUUCCACCUGUCCAAUCCUCUCAGAUCUACGGGAUUGGUUCGGUAGCAGGGGCUAGGGGUCACAGAGGGUGGCAGGGGGAGUGAGGGCUACUCACGGGGCAUUACAGUGUGUGUAUUGUACAUCUGGUUGGGAUGCUCAUUGUCCCAACGGGAGGAACUAGAUCAACGAAGUGGCAGGAGACAGGAGGUCAUCCUAGGCCCUAAGUGACCUGUGUAACGACUACGAGGCAGGUUGGCAAGGUGUGUCUAAAGGCCUCCGUUCACCUGCAUGUAGGGAAAAGGAAUCUCUUACAGAUACGUGUCCUCAACAGAGUCUCUCUAGUUGAUCUGGUCAAACAGCCAUGAUGGAAAAACACUGUCCUCAACAGAGUCUCUCUAGUUGUUCUGAUCAAACAGUUAGGAUGGAAAACCACACUGUCCUCAACAGAGUCCCUCUAGUUGAUCUGGUCAAACAGCCAUGAUGGAAAACCACACUGUUCCUCCUAUUUCAGAAUGAUCCAAUAAUGUCUUGUUGUUGAUGCUGUCUGUCUGCUCUGCAGUUUGUACAGAAAGAAUUCUUCAUAAAUGUCAAUGCUUUGGAAACGUUUUCAUGUUGAGUUUGUUAGCAACCAAUACUGUCCAAAGUGAGAUUGAUAUGAGACCUGUCCAAAGUACAUGAAUAAUAUUCAAGGUGUUGACAUCCCAACAUCCUCCACUAUGAGAAUGUUCCGGAAGGUUCAUAAUUAUACACAAGAUUGAUACUGCAUAGAGGCUCUAUCCCGUAGUUAGGAUUCACCGGUGAGUUGCCGUAACUACUGGUGUGAUGACCGGUGAAGCAUUAUGGGUAGAGUUGUUGUAAAAAAAAGGUCUGAUUUUUUUAAAUUUAACAUUUGACUUGACAUUGUGUUAAUGUGCAUCUAAAUAAAGACGAACAGAUCUUCUUGCC